AUGUCUCUGUACCCUUCUAGGAGGAUUCGACCGUCUCGGUACCAUUUCGUUAUCCACGACCUCGUCAGCGGGACUAUCGAAGACCUAAGCACACCUGGCGCCACGCUCGAGGUGCAGGGGAGGGUCGCCAAAACCGAGAGUGCGGCAGAUGCAGGCUAUAUCUCGGUUACUGUUGAAAAGUUCACCAAGGCAGAGUCAAUCACAAACGCCGGCCAAGUACCAGAGAUGCAAGCUUGGCCCAGAGAGGCAAAUCCGGUUUGGAUUAAGAAGGAGGACCUCCGGUACCACCGGGAGAGCCGGUGGCAAGAGUAG